GGCUUAGUGUGAAUGUUUAUUUUGGCUUAUCUAACAUGUUGCUAGCCCUAUAAAGAACCCCCCCAAGAUCCCCAUGGAUAAGUUAACGUUUUGUCUAGCGAACUCCAUGAUUUUUUUAAUCCAAUACGGCACCACAUGCAGUCCGUUAACGUCUUUCGACUGUCUCCUACUUAAAAUGCUUUGAACCCUCGAUGGUGCAUCAUUUUUAACCGGUUCAAUUCCACCAUUAAUUUUAUUCCAAUUGAUUGUUAUAUAUUCUCUUCUUUGAAAAAAUAGUGAGGUAAAAACACACUUAAGGACCUAACGGCUUGGGGUAUUUAGAUGUUGUUUUCAGGACGUUUUGGAUCAUCUGAACACUUUUACACAGAACACAAAGAGGAAAAUGGAGAAAAAGAGAAAAAUCCUUGGUCUGUUUUCUGUGCACUUUUAAAAUAUUAACACUUUGUUGUAUUAUAUGCUUUCAAAACAUGCAAAAAAGUGAGGUUAUGACAACAAGUCAAAUCAGGUGAUUGACGUGACAUUUGAGGUUAGGACACUUAACCUCACAUAUUUAAUUUUUUAAGAGAAGUGGGUACAUGUUUUGAACCUAAAAAAGCCUUUUUUAUAACAAUGAAAAGAUCUUCAAAUGAUAUCGACAAGAGCUACAGUAUAAAAGUGAUCGUAGAGGACCCCAAGUCGCAUCCAGUGUGUCCCCAUGGCCCCACUUUGUUAUUUUCCAAAAACAACACUGAAGAAGUGAAGCGAUUCUUUGCCUGUUCCGCCUAUAGGGACAGAAAACAUUGUGGCUUCUUCCAGUGGGCCGAUAAAUCCUCAAAUUUACAGUCUACUGAAAAACUAGAGGCGAGGAAAGUUGAACAAAAAAAGUUCCUUAAGGGCAUUAAUCAUAGAAAAGCCUAUGUGUUGUUAAAUAAGAUUAAAUCAUUGGGAAGAAGUAACAGAGGGUUCUGUCACGAUUGUAAGCUGUUAUUUAAUGCUUGUCAGGAUAAAAGGCAUGAAAAUCAUUCGGCUAUUAUCGGUUUAACUGAUUAUCAACUAGAGCAUCCUUCGGAGAUGUUAAAACCUUUGGACGAGACUAAAAAGGAGGCCCAAUAUCUGUUUUCUAAAACUUCAGUUGAAUUUAUUGUGGAAACUUUCCGGAGGUUGGGUUACCAGUAUGUGAUUUGUGUGGGCACCCCGAGGAUACAUGAAUAUAUCCAGUCUAAUGUCGGGCAUGACAUGCAGAGUAUCUUACUGGACUUAGACGAUAGAUUUCAUAGCUUUUUUGGCCCCAUGGAGUUUUGUUGGUACAAUUCUUUCAAUAAUCAUUUCUUUUUUGAUGAGGCUCAGGGUGUUUUCGAGGAUUUUUUAAGAAAUACUCGGGGUGAAAGAACUGUUCUUAUAACAGACCCACCGUUUGGGGGCAGGAUCGAACCACUUGCCUACACUCUUUCCGUAAUAAAUAAACUUUAUAUGGGCACUAAUAAGACCGAAGAAACAUUGCCGAUAUUCUGGAUAUUUCCAUAUUUUAUGGAACCACAGAUCCUCAAUUAUCUGCCCGAAUUCAAUAUGCUUGACUACAAAGUAAAUUAUGACAACCACCCGCUGUUUCAAGGGGGCCCCAAGGGCAGGAAAAAUGGGUCACCUGUUAGAAUAUUCACGAAUGUUCUUCCGAGCCUCGUAAAGCUGCCUAAAGGCGAAUAUAAGUUCUGUAAAAGAUGCGAUAAAUGGGUGUCAAAAGAGAAUAAACAUUGCCAUAUUUGCGAACAAUGCACCUCGAAAAAUGGACAAACUUACGUGCAUUGCAAACAAUGUGACAGAUGUGUCAAACCGAGCUGGCAACACUGUCAUAAUUGUCAAAGGUGUGCGCAGGUGCGGCAUCAGUGCGGGCUCGUCCUCGAGUUUAAUGGGGCGUGUUUAAAUUGUCAACGGUCGGGGCAUAAAAGGGCGAAUUGUCCCGAUUUACUGCCAGCACUGAAGAAUAAGAAAACAGUAAAAAAAUAAACAUUAAAUAAGG